ACUCUUUUCGGGUGGGCACUCCCUAAAUUGGUGUUUGAGGGAGCCCUUAUCCUCCCCUCUAUCCCCAGCUACACACUAGCUAAUAAUAUAAAAAAAUGGUAAAGAACUAUAUUUCAUACUUAUAUAUUUAAUUAAGAAACACCGACGAGUAGAAUAUAUUGUUGGAGCAACAAAUCAUGGAGCAGUACUGGGACGACGAUCUACUCAUCGCGGCUCAAUCCGACUUAUGGAACCACCUGUUCGUCUUCCUCAAAUCCAUGUCGCUCAAGUGCGCCGUCGAGCUCGGCAUACCCGACGCCAUCCACCGCCACGGCGGCCCCACCUCCGUCCCCGACCUCGUCGCCGCGCUCAACCUCCCAGCCGCCAGACUUCCGCAGCUCCGCCGCCUCAUGCGCAUGCUCGCUUUCUCCUGCAUCUUCACGAGGCAGACGUCGGAAGCCGCCGCCGGCGGGGAGGAGGAGGAUUUGUACGGCCUCACGCCGACGUCCCGCCUGCUCGUCGACGACGCCGGAGGCCGCCGCAGCCUCGCGCCGUUUGUGCGCUCGAUGUUCGACCCGGUGAUGAUGGCGCCGUCGCUGCGCUUAGGCGACUGGUUUAAAGAAGCCGACGGCAUCGCGACGCCAUUUGAGGCGCUGUACGGAAGCAAUAUCUGGGGCUUGACGAGCCGGAACCCGGAGUUCAACGCGGCGUUCAACGAGGGCAUGGCGGCGGACGGGAGGUUCAUAAUGGACGUGGUCGUCAGGAAAUGCGGGCAUGUCUUUUGCGGGCUGCGGUCACUGGUUGACGUCGGUGGGGGGACCGGCGCUGCCGCCCGCACCAUAGUAGAGGCAUUUCCGGACGUCAAGUGUGUGGUUCUCGAUCUGCCUCAGGUGGUCCAGGGACUGCCGGCAGACGGGCCCGUGGAAUUUAUCGCGGGCAGCAUGUUCGAGCGCGUUCCUCCGGCGGAUGCCGUGAUGUUAAAGAUUGUUUCAGAACCAUCGACGGGCCCGUUGUUCUCAGUUCCCCUAGGAACCAUCGACGGGCCCGUUGACUUUGUCGCGGGCAGCAUGGUCGAGCGCGUUCCUCCGGCGGAUGCUGUGAUGUUGAAGUGGAUUCUGCAUGACUGGGACGAUGAAGUUUGCGUGAGGAUACUGCAGAAGUGCAAGGAGGCGAUCCCAUCGAGAGAGGCCGGAGGGAAGGUGAUCGUCGUGGAGCAGGUGAUAGGGUCGAGCCCGGAAGAGAAGUCGACGGAGAUGCAGCACUUCUUCGACGUGUGGAUGAUGAUCCUGACCGGGGGACGCGAGAGAGAUGAGCAGGAAUGGUGCAAAAUAUUCACUGAGGCGGGGUUCAGUGAUUAUAAGAUUGCUGCCACGCUUGGACUUCGAUCAGUUAUUGAAGUGUUUCCUUAAAAUGAAAUUUCUUUCGAGGGCCGAGAUGUCUACAUCCUGAUUUAUAAGAGGUGUGACGAGAAAUAUUUUGGCAGUAUUUUCGUGACGUAUUGAAUCAAAUUUAAGAAUUUAGACAUAUUUUGAUAAAUUUAUAUUUGAUAGCAUGUAGAAAUGACAAAAACACUAUUAUUGUUUUUUAUUUUGUGGAUGUGUUGGGUGAUUGUAUAAGAUGACAAUGAUACUCUAAUAUGGUUCUUGUGAGACAAUUUAAGUUA